AUGCAGUUCAUCAACUUCUCAACCGUCGUCCUCCUGGCAUCCGCUUUAUCGGUCAAUGCUCUCCCAACUCCAGCACCCGAAGGCGGGAUCGCCAUCCUCGCCACUCGAACUCCUCUACCAGCCAAACCAGCUACCUGGCUGAGCACUCGUCGAGACGUUGAAUCCUCCGACGGCCUUUUCUCAUCAACCAUCGACGAGGCCAACGAAGCUCUUGAAAAGAGAGCAGCACCCCCACCCCCAACCGGAGUACUAGCACCGGUGCUGAAGAAGAUCCAUGGUCUCAGGCCCAAAAAAGGAGAAGAGAUUCAAGGACUCCGAGGCCCACAUUGGUUCAACAAACAAAAUAAUGUGAAGGGACCGGUACCGUUCAUUCAGCCACUGAAGAAAAGCUCCUGGUGGAAGCCAUGGACGAAGCUCCCAAAAUCGUCAAAGAGACCAGUUUGGAUCAACUCGGCUCGCCCACCUCAAUCCAAGCCAUCCGUCCCUUACAAGCCAAGGUUCCAGAAGUACAACCCUUUCAAAAACGGAAUGCUCGGUGGUACCAAGGCUCCUAAGGAUGCUACCUCAGUUACUCCAAAAGACGCUACCCCAGGUACUCCAAAGGACACUACUCCAGAGCCAGCUCCUCCUAGGGACGCUGCUGCUCAGCCACCUCCUCAGUAG